CAUCGACUGCUUUUUCUGAGCCAUGGAGAUUCGAAAGGUGCGUUUGUGCACACCAUGGACAGAGCCCCAGGUCUUAUGGGAAGGCCGUGCUCCGGAGCUGAUCAUAUCGGACUUUGGUGCAGUUCUUCAGGGCGGUGUGAGUAGCAAUUCAGCUGUCCGCCCCGGCACCUGGCGCCUGGGUCUGCUGGAGGGCCCCAUGCCACCCGAGGGGCUGCGGAGCCUGGUGCUGGCUGCCCCCGAGCGUCCAGAACGACUGGAUCUGCCCAAGUACGACCGAGCUGCGCUGUUGGACAUUGAAGGAGAGAGGUUGACCCUGAUUCAAGGUGAUGGUGCCAUCGUUCGGAUACAGCUCAGUGGUGUGGCCUGGCUAUUUGCAGCGCAGCAGAGCUUCAGCAUCGAGAAGCAGCGCAUCUGUUUUCGCCAAAGUGAGAACUUUGUCUUUCUGGAAGGCUUCUACACCAGCACCUUCCUGCCUACAAAGCAAGAAGAUGAGGUCAUCGGCACUCUGCCUGCUACAUGCCGGCCAG